AUGGCCGUCUUGAGGAUGUGGCGUCUGCGCCCCGCCUGCCCAGGCCUGAGCACUCUCCUGCCCUCCCGGUUUCUGGGUAUCGCUCCCUGGCAGGUUCCAGCAGGUGCCAGGUUCCAAUCCACCUCUAUCUCUGAAGCAGACCUUCCAAGGGUCUUGAUUACAGGGGGUCUCGGCCAGCUGGGCGUGGGGCUCGCCAACCUCCUCAGGAGACGAUUUGGGAAGGACAAUGUGAUUUUAUCAGACAUAAAGAAACCCCCUGCUCAGGUCUUCCACAGUGGCCCGUUCGUCUACGCCGACAUCUUGGACUACAAGCACCUCCGUGAGAUCGUGGUCAACCACCGCAUCACCUGGCUGUUGCACUACAGCGCCUUGCUCAGCGCCGUGGGAGAAGCCAACGUGUCCCUGGCCAGGGCUGUGAAUGUAACAGGACUGCAUAACAUUCUAGACGUGGCAGCGGAACACAAUCUACGAUUGUUUGUGCCCAGUACAAUUGGGGCGUUUGGACCUACCUCUCCCCGGAACCCAACCCCAGACCUCUGUAUUCAGAGACCCAGGACCAUCUAUGGCGUGUCCAAGGUGCACGCGGAGCUCAUGGGAGAAUAUUAUCAUUACCGGUAUGGCCUAGAUUUCCGGUGUCUGCGAUACCCUGGGAUCAUUUCAGCCGAUUCCCAGCCUGGAGGGGGAACGACGGACUACGCAGUUGAGAUUUUCCGCGCUGCCGCCAGGAGCGGCAAGUUCGAGUGCAACCUGGCCGCGGGCUGCCGGCUGCCGAUGAUGUACAUCGAGGACUGCCUGCGAGCCACCCUGGAGAUCAUGGAGGCCCCCGCCGAGUCCCUCUCCACGAGGGUCUACAACAUCAACGCCAUGAGCUUCACCCCCGAGGAGCUGGCCCGGGAGCUCUGCAAGCACGUGCCGGGCUUCCGGGUCACCUACAGCGUGGACCCCCUCCGACAGGCCAUAGCGGACAGCUGGCCAAUGAACUUGGACGACAGCAAUGCACGGAGAGACUGGGGCUGGAAGCAUGACUUUGACCUCCCGGAGUUGGUGACGUUGAUGCUGAACUUUCACAGUUCCAACACCAGAGUCGCCCGAGCCAACUGAGGGCGGCGAAGGGGUGGCUCCCACCCGGGAACAUGCUCUUUACAGCCCGGGGGGCUGGGUGGACUGGAUUUGUCAGCUCCUAUUGAAUUUCUGGGAGGGAAGUAGAGUUCUUUAUCAUUUUCAACAUUUUGGGCGGAACUCCCAGCAUUUGUUGAGACCGUAAACUUGAUUCAGUCACAGAAGGAAGACCUAAGUUGCAGUGGGGAUGUUGGGGUCCUUUCUGGGGUGGUGGAAGUAUGCAGAUUUGCAUUUAAUUUAAAUGUCAUUCCUGAGACCAGUGAUUCCAUUGCGAAGACCUUCAAAGAUACAUUCCUCAUUUACAGCUGUUCUUUAGUACCUAGAGAAACAUGAGAAUGCUUGACCUCCUAGUUCUAGCCUCA